GCCACACACAUCGCCAAUAAUGUUUGGGACCUUACACAAGUCAGACAACCUUUCUCUCUCUCUCUCUCUCUCUCUCUCUCUCUCUCUCUCACCAACUCUCUUAUCUUUCACACCUUCAAAUGUAUCUCCUAGGCACAUUAUAGCAUAUCUCUUGCAACCCCAUUAAAAAAGUUUCCACCUUUCAUUUCUUACCACAAUCCCUCUACUGUUUUCAGAUCAACACUGUUCUUAUUGCAACACAUUCUCUCUCUCUUUCUCUCUCAAAACUACUAUUCCCUUUCUUGUUGGUUCCUAAACAAAGCAUUUAUUGUUAUAUUCCUCUAUAAAAGAGAGAGUAUACCAAAUACAUUACAAAAACAAAAGAGUAUAUUAUUUUUAGGUAUUACUUAUAUUCAUAUGGGGUCUUAUUCUGCUUCUUCUUAUGGUUUAACAUUUAUUACAUUUCUUUUGUUAGUAUAAAUCAUUACUAUAAAGAAUGUUGGUCACCCUCAUUGAUAUCAAUACCAUUAAUUAAAUUUUAAGUGUCACAUAUAAUAUUCACACUUUGAUCAUGGAGAGGCUUCAAGGACCCAUCAAUUCUUAUCUUUUUGGUGAAGUAAAUUGUUUAGACCAAACAUUACUAGAUGAAGAAAAUCUGAGAUUUGAAGAGGAAGAACAAUUUCUCAUGUCAAGUUUAGAAGAUAACAUACCAUUUCUUCAAAUGCUUCAAAAUGUUGAAACCCCACAAUUUUUUCCUUUGAAAGAACCAAACUUUCAAACACUUUUAAGGUUACAACAUAUGAAAAAACCAUGGGAAGAUUUAUCUUUUGUUCCUAGAAUAGAUUCACAACAAGUUCAAACAACAUUGGAAUUUGAAAGUUGUGUAACACAAGACAUAUUAGAGAUGCAAUCACCAGUGAAAUCAGAAAGCAAUGAACUUCUUCAACACAAAGUUUCUACUUCAUGCAUUGAAAAAUUCAGCUUUGAAUGUAACCAAGAACAAAGAAAAAUAGUACAAUCUUGUUCUAAAUCUCAAGUUGGAACAACUAAGGAAAAGAGAAAGAGAAAAAGAACAAGACCAGUUAAGAAUAAGGAAGAUGUUGAGAGUCAAAGAAUGACACACAUUGCUGUUGAAAGAAAUAGAAGACGCCAAAUGAAUGACCAUCUCAGUGUUCUUAGGUCACUUAUGCCUUCUUCAUAUAUUCAAAGGGGUGACCAAGCAUCAAUAAUUGGAGGAGCAAUAGAUUUUGUGAAAGAGUUAGAACAAUUGCUUGAAUCUCUUGAAGCACAAAAAAGGAUAAAAAAGAAUGAAGAAUUUGGUUCAUCAUCAUCAUCAUCACCAACUAGUUAUGGAAUGAAAUUAUCAUCUUGUGAAGAAAAUGAGGUAAAGGCAGAAAAUAAAUCAGAAGCAGCAGAUAUAAAAGUAACAUUGAUUCAAACUCAUGUGAACUUGAAAAUUGAGUGCAAAAAAAGACAUGGCCAAUUGAUAAAGGUUAUUGUUGCUUUAGAGAAUCUUAGGCUAUCUAUUCUUCACCUUAACAUCACAUCCUUUGAUUCUUCUGUACUCUACUCCCUCAAUCUCAAGAUUGAAGAAGAUUGUAAGCUAGGCACAGCAAAUGACAUAGCUGAAGCAGUUCAUCAAAUAUUCAGCUACAUUAAUGGAAGCUAAAGGCAAGUAGCUUUAAACUUAGGGGCAAAAGAAUAAAGGACAAGGAAUCAUUGAAGGGAAGAUGGUAAAGUGGCUAGGGUAAGGGUAACGGGGAACAUAGGGCACUAAUCUCUUGUCUACAUAUCAAUGUGAGAUGUAUCAUGUUAAUUAGCUAGGUAGCUUACAAAAUAGAGAUAGGGCAUAUGAUGUUAAUGUUUUGAUGUUGAAAUAGUUUCACUAUGUUUAUUUAAUUGGCAGAAUGUUAGUUAGUAGUAUUGUAUACUAUAGUGUGUGUUGCUUUUAAUUUUUUUUUUAGUAUUAUGAGAGUUUUUUGAUAAUAUAUCAUUUGGGCGAAAUAUCACCGACUUUGUCGAUUA